AUGCAUGUCAUAGAGCUUAUUGAGGAAUACCUCCGCCGCCUCGCACCACCCGCCUCCCGACCCCAUCAGCUACGUCAGAGCUCAGCCUGGAGCCUGUCGUCUCCGCACACCGCUACUGGUUAUCAGACCCAUACUGUGAAGCAACUGAGAAUGCCGAACGGCACUGAAAGUUCCCGCCAGACGACCCAUGCCCUUCCACACCUUACUCGCCCAAAGACGUAUCAGCUAAACGCCUGGCUCAAUAAAGCAGAGACACAUGAGCAAGCCGUGGUGGGAGAAAAGACCUCGCGGAAAUUCGCCAAGACCAUGAACUUUCUUGAAGAAAUGGAGAGGAGGGUGGAUGGCCAUACCAAAUGA